UCGUUCGAAACGAACACAAUAAAAACACGCACUCCCUAGGCCGCCCGUGUCGACGGGUCACGCGCACACCCAGCAACUAGCUCCUUCGGGGUAGACUAACGCUUGGCCGGAGACGAAACGCAAAGCAACCUUACAAAACGGCGAAGCUGCUUUUGCUACUGAGGAGGAGGGCUGUGCUAGUGGGCUGUCGUACCCUGCUCCUGCUACUAUGGCGCGAGUCGACACAGGGAUCUCGCGAGCCAGUGCAAUGAGAGCCAACUACGAAGCCUCUCUCAGCAACAUCACCAGCGCCAUUAGAAGGGGUGGAAUCGGCCAGGUCCUCAAGACGCUGGGCAUCAACAAGGCCGAGCCAAGCGUGCACGUCAACGUCGGCAAGCAGCAGUCUAGCAGCAAGGACAGCGUUGUCAAGGCCGGAGGGCGCGGUGGUACCGUUGCCGACGGGGAGCGAUCAGCGCAACGCACGCUAGGCGUCAGCUUGCUUGGAGCCUGCAGCAGCAAGGGCUGCCCCACCAAGUCCGUUGAAAACGAAGACCGAUACGUGCAUGGCAAAAUCCACGUCGACAUGAGGAAGCUUCAAGGGUUGGGCGUACAGGCUGACUCUGACGGCCAAGGCAGCGGCAAGGGCAAGGUUCCGUGCUGGGCUUUCGCCACGUUCGAUGGCCACGCGGGCCCUGCGUGCGCGCACUACCUCAAGGAGAACUUCAUGGCUCACCUGAGAAAAACCGUCGACACAAGAUGCAACGCGGCCAAUGCCAAGAGGACUCCCAGCACUACCAUUAGACAGGCCCAGGGCAACGCGGACGCGGGAGCAGGCAAGCUGAAGCAAGAGGAGCAAGAAGCUUCCGAGCCGCCGAGAAAGGACGGUAGCGUUGAUCAGGGUGGCGGCGACGGUGACGACAACGCCGACGUACCUCCUCGAAAACCGAGCCCUUCCGUGGAGGUGGUGCUGGCGCGGUUGCUAACCGACACCCUGGCAUCGUUGACGCGGGAGUUUGAGGAGGAGGCUCUCGAGAUCGGAGAGAUUUCGGGUGCUUGCGUGAUCUCCGGUUUGUAUUGCGAGGGAGCCCUCGUGCUGGCGAACGUGGGCGACUGCCAGGCGGUUUACCACGGACAGGUCAACAGCGCUCCUGGUGAUGCUGUCACUGCACAGACGACGGUCCACGACGGCACCAACCCCGCCGAGGUGAACCGUUUCCUUAUGGCCGGUGGGUACAUGAGUGCCUCCGGGCGUUUCCAGGGAGUCUUGGAGCCGAGCCGCACGGUGGGAGACGUGGACGUGAAGGCGGACUGCCCGAAAGGCUGCAUCGCUUCUUUCCCAGAGCUUUUCAAGGUGGACAUCGCGAGCGACGUGUUCCAAGGUGACGAGAAGCCGUCCGUGCCGCCUUUCCUCGUGCUAGCCACCGACGGGAUCUGGGACGAGACUUCGCCCAACAUCGUUGUGGACGAGGUCAAGGACGGCAUCGCCAAGAUCCAGGCCCACAAGCGGCGCUUCGCCAUCCGCACAAGGGGCGGUGGCAAGCAUAAGCGGAACUUGUCCUUCGGAUCGACGACCUUCACCGACGGCGAGAGCGACUCGGAGGACGAGCCGAGCGAGUUUUGUGGAAGCGGCGAGUGGGCUGAGCAAGGGAUGGACCUCGCUGAGCGAGUGGUGUCUCUCGCCAGGGGACGGUAUGACGACGCCACGGCCCUGGUAGUUGUGUUCGAGUAGCUCCAACGACAGCAAUAUCGCAAUAUAGCAACCAAACCAAGUAAAAAGAUAUCGCGUCGUGUAGCAGGCAGUGCUCCGCCAGUGUGGCAACAACACACCGUCAGUUUCCAGUUUCAAUCGCGUGUAUAUACAUAUUUACACGGUGCAAGGCGGGACAGGGCCUCGGGUUCGAGGUUUCAAUACAUGUUACCUGCUGCUGUGUUACUGCUGUCGUCGUUGUCACGAUGACAGCGACCUGUAUCGGAAGGAGUGAGUCAGUGAGGGCGCACCCCGUUCCUACAUGGCGUGUUCGGGCACAGUUGCCAUCGGUUUUGAAUGGCACGUUUGCUUCCUGUAUGCCGUGGAUAUCUUCUUUCCUUUGGGUUUUAUGCCUUGACGCUGGUCACUUGUCUGACUGUCGACACGGAGGCCUCGGGCUGCCCUUUUCCUGUUUUCAACCCCCUUCUAUGCAUCUGUACCGUCCCAUAUGACGGGCCAGGGGGGGGGGGUGACGAGAGCGAGAAGAAUCCCGUCGUGUCAAUGUUUCUUUUUAUUCUGUUGGUUGUUGCCCUUUUUUGUGUAAAGGAGAUAGAGACGACGUGGACGAUGCGGCAGCAUCUUUACUGCACCGUUGGCCGUUGGCUUGCUCCUUUUGUGUGUUUGCUGUGCUUGUAUUCGUGGGAGCUGGCAUGAAACCAGCGUCAGGUGUGGUUGGGUUCGAGAGCGACAGAGUGUAAUUUCGCGCUCGCAAUUGGUUGUGUAUCAGUGUAGUAGAGCGCAUUGACUGAAUUGCGUCUGGAGUAGGGGGUUGGAGGUCAUGGAGCCAUCGUGACUUCAGUGAUGGACACGGGUGGAAGAGUUACCUCUUCUUUUGGGCGGGUGGGGAUUCAGCGACAUCGAAGGCGAUCGUGCUUGCAUUUGUUGAUUUCGUUGUUCGAUGACACAAACAUGAAUGAAUCGUCUUGUUGUUUCUGUAACUUGGUUGUUUGGUUGAUGGCGUCGCUGUGGUUUAGUUGUCUUUCCACCUGUUCCGGUGGCAGUGGCGUCGUAUGUCAAAUGUCAUGUCAAAGGCUGAUAGGCCCACAUUACAAGCACAUAUGCAUAAGAGCCCUUUCGCGUGACACUUUUAUAGAGCUUACGUGGCACUUUUUUGGUAGAAGCUUGGCUUUUGGCCCUCUGUCCUUGGCACUCUGUACGUGAGGGGGAAGUACAGCAAGCAGGAAAAAGUGGGUCGAUGCUGGAGGUUUUCGUUGCGUUCAGAUUUUCAGACACAGCAGUAUUGUGAUUUUUGUUAUCUACAAUAUUCGUUUUUUGAUUUAUUUCUAGAGUGGUGAUUUUUCGUUUUCUCUUAUUGGGCAAGGGCUUGAUGGAGAGCCAGCAAAGCCCUCAAUGUACUCAACUUAGUGUUUGUGCGAUGAACAAUCCCUGCUGGAUACGCGUUUGCAGGUCUGCAAAAGGGGCGAGCGUAAGACUCCCCUGGGUAUGGGGAUAUGGUAGGGUAUGUAGGGCUUUUCAGCGCCGUAUGCAUAUGCGCGGGAAAGAAGCCAUCGCCUCACAGUUCGCUCCUUCGUGUUGACACCCUUUUUGGAGUCUCGUUGUGUGCAUGUAUCAAGGGCGGUAGCCGUUACGGGGCCGCCUUGAUAGCGUUGUCGGGUUCAAUGACGCCGUAUGUUGUCGACGUUGGGAGGGCAUGAGGGAAAGGAACACACACCGUAGUCCCUCGUGGGCUUGUGACGGAGAGAUAGGAUUGGAUGCCUUUGGAGUGAGUAGAGUCGCAUGUAUGGAGCGUCAUGUAUUGAACGUCUUCCCUGCAUUCAUGAAUAUGUGUUAGUGUUUCUCCCUUGCCUGGGGGAUGGACAUACAUCUGUUUCUCUAAACAUUAUUCAUUAGGAAGGAGGAGGAGCAAAGGGUGUGUUUGCGACGUGAUGUGACACCAUCGGUUAACAAUGGUGUGGGAAGUGAAAGUUCGGCGUGCCGGACUUCACUGUAGAUGUUGUUGGUUAUGCCUCCUGACGGCUGCGUGAUCCAGGUUAGGAGGUGGAAGUUUGGUAUUGUAUUCUUAAAUGGAAAAACCGCGAUUGUUCAGCUUGAACAUGUCAUGGUGUUUGUUUUUCUUUUGGCAUGUUGUAUCCAUAUGCCCAGCAGGAGUCCGUUCUGUUAGUCUCGGGGGUAACGUAACACUCUUACUUUUCUUGCCCGGGACAACGUCAGUCAGACCCAACGAGCACCAUCGUUUUGCGUACGAUACGAUCAACCAUCUUGUGU